GUAGUGACAAGAGCCUAAGUGCUGUAACCUAGAGAAACGUCCAGCUGUCACCAUUGCCCACCACCCAGGGCAAUGUCCAGAGUUACCAACAUCUGACUCACUAACAAUGACCACUCCCAGGGUAUAUGAGCACCUAUGUGAAUAAUUACUAUAAAGGCCAGUAUGGACUAAAGACUAGAAGGAAAUCAUUGAAAAUACUGGCCAAAGCCUACAGGACAUCCAGCUCCCAGCUUCUUCUAGUCUCAGAAAAUCAGAAACACAAAAUGAUCAUUUCCUCAGGUUUCACGCUUGCUGUCCUGGGAAUCUUAAUCAUCAUGGUGGAGCUCACAGAGGCUGCUUCAGUCCGCUCCUCAUGUCCCCCUGGUUGGUUCUUCUACAGAUCGCACUGCUAUGCAGUCAGUAAGAUCCCAGCAAAAUGGGCUGAUUCAGAGUACGAGUGUGUAAGUUACGGACAUGGUGCCCACCUGGCUUCUAUUAUGGAUGAUUCCGAAGCCUCAAUCAUUGCAAGCCAUGUGUCGGCUAGCCAGGAUUCUGAUGGAGUGUGGAUAGGACUGCAUGACCCUGACCAGAAUGGUCGUUGGAAGUGGACUGAUGGAUCCAUGUUUAACUAUUUAGCAUGGAAAUCUGGGGUCCCAGAUAAUGCCAAAGGGAAGGAAUUUUGCGUUGUGCUCAUCAAUGGCUCUAAAUAUAAGAAAUGGAAUGAUGUUGGAUGUGGGGGACUCAGAAACUAUGUCUGUAAAUUCAAACCCUGAAGUAGCAUAAUGCCAUUAAUUUUGGUUCAUGAUGAAUUAAUAAAUUCU